GGACAGGGCUCCGGAUAUCAGAGGGAAAAGUGUCCCUGCCCCCGAAGUACGAUAGGCAUGUGAGGUUGCAACGUUGCCAAAAAAUGAGAACGACUUUUUGCAUAAAAAGGACGAAGAUCAUUUUUCCUUCAUCUGCUCCUGCAGACGCGAGGCGCAGCCCCGACUGCGGUGGCUUUUUGCACACCAACAAAUUUGCGCUCCUCCACGUUGAAAAUUUUACUCGGCGGGCAUGGGUAAGAAUGGGGCAAGGAGCGCUUUUCAGGAGGAUCCCGGGGGAGACAUCUUCAGCCUGUGGCACGAGGCCUGGUCGAAGAUCUAUCCUGUGCAAAAGUAAGUAUCGUACUCGUAUGGAAAUCAUGCAUUACAAAUCCUUUUCUUAAGGUCAAUCCGCAUUGCAAAUUUUAUUUCUCAUGCUGAGGAAAUUUGUCAUGCAUUUAUACGAGCGCGAUACUUUUGCAGUGCAUAAGAUCAACCGAAAGACGAAGAUGAUCGAAUCGGACAAGGUCCAAGCAUAUCAAAUGUAAAAAUGUCUGGGUCUGGAAGAUUGCAACUUGUGAUGCUGUCUCUGCAUUCUAAAAAAAUCUGUAUUGCAUGAUCAGGAAGAGGGGCCCAGUUUGUGCUACAUGGGGAGGGCAUUUCUCAUGCGGGAUAGGCAUCAGAAAGCCCGCUAAGAAUCUGUGAUGCCAGGUUAUCCAUUACAGGCACUAUGGGUCAUGUAAAAUCUGCAUGACAAGUCUGGCAUUUUUCCAGACCCAGACAUUUUUGCAUUUGAUAAAGCAUUGGCGGCUGCGUUCUGCGACGUAGACAAGAAAGAGGAGGCGGCCCAAGAAAGAGAGGGCAAUCUUGUGCGAG